AUGGCUACAAACGACACAUUCACAAACACAAAUCUCUCCACUACCAAUCAACACAGGUCAGUGUUUUUGUGCCCUGAACGUUUAAACCCCAACGAGGAUUUAAACAAUACAACUUUCUCUUGGAUAUUAGUGGCCAUAAUAUUUAUUACCUGUCCUUUUACCGUUCUCUUCAACUCCUUGGUGAUUGUUGCUUUGAAGAAAAGAAGAGAACUGGAAAAACGUUCAAAUAUUUUGGUUUGCAGCAUGGCCGUCACAGAUCUCCUAACAGGAGCUGUAACUAUGCCACUUUCUGCCACUUUUGAGGUGCUGAUAUUAAGGCAGGUUCCAUUUGAGUACAUCUGUCCAAUAUAUUUCUUGGUAAACAAACUAAUGAUCUUUUCACUGUCCACAUCAUCGUUAUACCUCUUAACUGCCAUUGCGUGGGAGAGGAAAAUGGCCGUAAAAAGCUGGAUAAAUUACAGGAACAAUGUUACAGAAAGUCGUCUAACGGGACUUGCGAUAGCUGCCUGGCUGUUUGGAGUUAUCACACCGGGUCCACCAAUGCUAAUGGUGGUGGCUGGUGCACACCGCAAAUUUAUUUCAAUGUGGCUUGUGGGAAAAAUUGUUUCGAUGAUUAGCUGCUUGAUCGCCAUUGGCUAUUUUUAUUUCAUGAUUUUCCUAGAAGUGCGGAAACGUGACCGAAAUCAAAUCAACCAAGUUGCCUUUUUAGCCCAAACUAGACUCGAGUAG